GAGGCGCGCUCCGGCCGCGCUCGCUCCGCGCUCCCUUCGCUCGCUCGUUCCCUCCUCCCUCGGCAGCCGCGGCGGCAGCAGGAGAAGGCGGCGGCGGCGGCUGGGGAUCAGACAUGGCGGCGGAUCUGAACCUGGAGUGGAUCUCCCUGCCCCGGUCCUGGACUUACGGGAUCACCAGGGGCGGCCGAGUCUUCUUCAUCAACGAGGAGGCCAAGAGCACCACCUGGCUGCACCCCGUCACCGGCGAGGCCGUGGUCACCGGACACCGGCGGCAGAGCACAGAUUUGCCUACUGGCUGGGAAGAAGCAUAUACUUUUGAAGGUGCAAGAUACUAUAUAAACCAUAAUGAAAGGAAAGUGACCUGCAAACAUCCAGUCACAGGACAACCAUCACAGGACAAUUGUAUUUUUGUAGUGAAUGAACAGACUGUUGCAACCAUGACAUCUGAAGAAAAGAAGGAACGACCUAUAAGUAUGAUAAAUGAAGCUUCUAACUAUAACGUGACUUCAGAUUAUGCAGUGCAUCCAAUGAGCCCUGUAGGCAGAACUUCACGAGCUUCAAAAAAAGUUCAUAAUUUUGGAAAGAGGUCAAAUUCAAUUAAAAGGAAUCCUAAUGCACCCGUGGUCAGACGAGGUUGGCUUUAUAAACAGGACAGUACUGGCAUGAAAUUGUGGAAGAAACGCUGGUUUGUGCUUUCUGACCUUUGCCUCUUUUAUUAUAGAGAUGAGAAAGAAGAGGGUAUCCUGGGAAGCAUACUGUUACCUAGUUUUCAAAUAGCUUUGCUUACCUCUGAAGAUCACAUUAAUCGCAAAUAUGCUUUUAAGGCAGCCCAUCCAAACAUGCGGACCUAUUAUUUCUGCACUGAUACAGGAAAGGAAAUGGAGUUGUGGAUGAAAGCCAUGUUAGAUGCUGCCCUGGUACAGACAGAACCUGUGAAAAGAGUGGACAAGAUUACAUCUGAAAAUGCACCAACUAAGGAAAGCAAUAACAUUCCCAACCAUAGAGUUCUAAUUAAACCAGAGAUCCAAAACAAUCAAAAAAACAAGGAAAUGAGCAAAAUUGAAGAAAAAAAGGCAUUAGAAGCUGAAAAAUACGGAUUUCAGAAGGAUGGUCAAGAUAGACCGUUAACAAAAAUUAAUAGUGUAAAGCUGAAUUCUCUGCCAUCUGAAUAUGAGAGUGGGUCAGCAUGCCCUGCUCAAACUGCACACUACAGACCAGUCAACUUGAAUAGUUCAGAGAACAAAAUAGUCAAUGUUAGCCUGGCAGAUCUUAGAGGUGGAAAUCGCCCCAGUACAGGGCCCUUAUACACAGAGGCUGAUCGAGUCAUACAGAGAACAAAUUCAAUGCAGCAGUUGGAACAGUGGAUUAAAAUCCAGAAGGGGAGGGGUCAUGAAGAAGAAACCAGGGGAGUAAUUUCUUACCAAACAUUACCAAGAAAUAUGCCAAGCCACAGAGCCCAGAUUAUGGCCCGCUACCCUGAAGGUUAUAGAACACUCCCAAGAAACAGCAAGACAAGGCCUGAAAGUAUCUGCAGUGUAGCCCCUUCCACUCAUGACAAGACGUUAGGACCCGGAGCGGAGGAGAAACGGAGGUCCAUGAGAGAUGACACAAUGUGGCAGCUCUACGAAUGGCAGCAGCGUCAGUUUUAUAAUAAACAGAGCACCCUCCCUCGACACAGUACUUUGAGUAGUCCCAAAACCAUGGUAAAUAUUUCUGACCAGACAAUGCACUCUAUUCCCACAUCACCAUCCCACGGGUCAAUAGCUGCUUAUCAGGGAUACUCCCCUCAACGAACUUACAGAUCGGAAGUGUCUUCACCAAUUCAGAGAGGAGAUGUGACAAUAGACCGCAGACACAGGGCCCAUCACCCUAAGCAUGUCUAUGUGCCUGACAGAAGGUCAGUGCCAGCUGGCCUGACUUUACAGUCUGUUAGUCCCCAGAGCCUCCAAGGGAAAACGCCAGAGGAGCUUACGCUGCUGCUAAUAAAGCUGAGACGGCAGCAAGCUGAACUGAGUAGUAUCCGGGAGCAUACGUUAGCACAGCUCAUGCAGCUAAAGCUUGAGGCCCACAGCCCAAAGAAUGAAAUUCUUUCACAUCAUCUCCAAAGGAACACCAUAUAUUUGGAUCACCAGCUGUCACAAGAUGAAGGUAGAGGCACAUUAUACAAAUACAGACCUGAAGAAGUAGAUAUUGAUGCCAAGUUAAGCCGAUUAUGUGAACAAGAUAAAGUGGUGCAUGCUCUGGAAGAGAAACUUCAGCAACUCCACAAGGAGAAAUAUACGCUUGAGCAAGCUUUGCUGUCAGCCAGCCAAGAGAUAGAAAUGCAUGCAGAUAACCCAGCAGCCAUUCAGACAGUGGUGUUACAAAGGGAUGAUUUACAAAAUGGACUGCUUAGUACGUGUCGAGAACUUUCUCGAGCCACUGCCGAAUUGGAACGAGCAUGGAGAGAAUAUGAUAAGUUAGAAUACGAUGUAACUGUUACCAGGAACCAGAUGCAAGAGCAGCUAGAUCACCUUGGUGAAGUUCAGACGGAAUCAGCAGGAAUUCAGCGUGCACAGAUUCAGAAAGAACUUUGGCGAAUUCAAGAUGUCAUGGAAGGGCUGAGUAAACACAAGCAGCAAAGAGGUACUACAGAAAUAGGUAUGGUAGGAUCAAAGCCUUUCUCAACAGUUAAGUACAAAAGUGAGGGUCCAGAUUAUAGACUCUACAAGAGUGAACCAGAGUUAACAACAGUGGCAGAAGUUGAUGAAUCUAAUGGAGAAGAAAAAUCAGAACCUGUUUCAGAGAUAGAAACUUCAGUUGUUAAAGGUUCCCACUUUCCUGUUGGAGUAGUCCCUCCAAGAACAAAAUCACCAACACCCGAAUCUUCGACAAUAGCUUCAUAUGUAACCUUGAGGAAAACAAAGAAGAUGAUGGAUCUAAGAACGGAAAGACCAAGAAGUGCGGUGGAACAGCUCUGUUUGGCUGAAAGUACUCGACCUAGGAUGACGGUGGAAGAGCAAAUGGAAAGAAUAAGAAGACAUCAACAAGCGUGCCUGAGGGAAAAGAAAAAAGGAUUAAAUGUUAUUGGUGCUUCAGACCAGUCACCCUUACAAAGCCCUUCAAAUUUAAGGGAUAAUCCAUUUAGGACUACUCAGACUCGAAGGAAGGAUGAUAACGUUAAGGAACUGGACAUUGUCAUUAGAGAAAAUGAUGUAAAGCCAGACCGUGAAACUCCCACAGCAGAAAUUGUUCAACUAAAAGAAACUGAACCCCAAAAUGUGGACUUCAGCAAAGAGUUAAAAAAAACUGAAAACAUUUCAUAUGAAAUGCUUUUUGAACCUGAGCCAAAUGGAGUAAAUUCUGUGGAAAUGAUGGAUAAAGAAAAAAUGCCUGAGGAUGUUACAUUCAGCCCUCAAGAUGAAACACAGAUCACAAAUCAUAAACCAGAAGACCAUCCUGAAGAAAAUACAAAGAACAAUGCUGACGAACAGGAAGAAACUGUUAUUUCUUACGAAUCAACUCCUGAGGUUUCUAGAGGAAAUCAAACAAUGGCAGUGAAAAGUCUGUCCCCAUCUCCUGAGUCCUCGGCAUCGCCAGUUCCGUCCACUCAGCCGCAGCUCACAGAAGGCUCACAUUUCAUGUGUGUGUAGUCCCAGGAGAAAGAUGUCACCCAUGCUGGAGUAUAGUGGCAUAAUCAGAGCUCACUGCAGCCUUGACGUCCUGGACUCAAGCAGUCCUCCUGCCUCAGCCUUACAAGUAGCUGGGAUCACAAGUGCACGCCACCACACCUGGCUAAUAUUUUGAUUUUCUUGUAGAGACGGUCUUACUAAGUUGCCCAUGCUGGUCUCAAGCUCCUGAACUCAAGCUAACCUACCACUGCGCCUAGCCUCUUUGAUUUUUACAUUCUGAAAAUAUUUCUUUUAUUUAUUUUUUUAUUUUUAUUUUUAUUUUUUUUUGAGACAGGGUCUUACUCUGUCACCCGGGCUGGAGUGCAGUGGCGCAAUAUCAUGGCUCAGUGGUUCACUGCAGGCUGACCUCCCAGGCUCAAGCAGUCCUCCCACCUCAGCCCCCUGAGUAGCUGGGACUACAGUUGUGUGCCACCAUGCCAGGCUAAUUUUUUUGUAGAGAUGGAGUUUUCACCAUGUUGCCCAGGCUGGUCUCAAACUCCUGAGCUCAAGUGAUCUGUCUGCCUCAGCCUCCCAAAGUGCUGAGAUUACAGGUGUGAGCCACCACACCUAGCCUUUUUUCUUUCUUUUCAAGUAUGUUUUAAAUUUCACUAGCUUUGGGUACAAGUGGUUUUGGGUUACAUGGAAGAAUUGUACAGUGGUGAAGUCUGAGAUUUUAGUGCACCCAUUACCCGAGUAGUGUAUGUUGUAGCCAAUAUGUUUUUUUUAUCCUUGUGUGACCUUCCACCCUCUCCCUUGUGAGUCUCCAGAGUCCAUUAUACCACACUGUAUGCCUUUGCAUACCCAUAGCAUAGCUCCAACUUACAAGUGAAAACUUACGAUAUUUGGUUUUCCUUUCCUGAGUUACUUUACUUCGAAUAAUGGUCUCUAGCUCCAUCCAAGUUGCUGCAAAAUACAUUAUUGUAUUCCUUUUUAUUACUGAGUAGUAUUCCAUGGUGUAUAUAAACCACAUUUUCUUUAUCCACUCCUUGGUUGAUGGACACUUACGUUGGUUGCAUACCCUUGGAGUUGCAAAUUGUGCUGCUAUAAACAUGCAUGUAAGAAAAUGAGUAAUAACUCAUUUUCUUUUGGGUUAGUGGGAUUGCUGGAUCAAAUGGUAGAUCUACUUUUCAUUCUUUAAGGAAUCUCCACACUGUUUUCCAUAGUGGUUGUACUAGUUUACAUCUCCACCGGCAGUGUAAAAGUGUUUCCUUCUCACCACAUCCAUACCAACGUCUGUUGUUUUUUGACUUUUAAAUUGUGGCCAUUCUUUUUAUUUAUUUAUUUAUUUUUUUUUUUUUUUUGAGAUUCUCUCUCUGUCACCAGGCCGGAGUGCAGUGGCACAAUCUUGGCUCACUUCAACCUCCGCCUCCCGGAUUCACGCCAUUCUCCUGCCUCAGCCUCCCAAAUAGCUGGGACUACAGGCGCAUGCCACCACGCCCGGCUAAUUUUUGUAUUUUUAGUAGAGAUGGGGUUUCACCGUGUUGGCCAGUAUGGUCUCGAUCACUUUACCUCAUGAUCCGCCCGUCUCAGCCUCCCAAAGUGCUGACAUGACCCACUGCACCCGGCCAAUUAUGGCAUUCUUGCAGGAAUAAGGAGGCAUCUCGUUGUGUAUCUUCUUUUGAAAAAUGCCUAUUCCUGUCAUUUGCCCACUUUUUGAUGGGAUUAUUUGGUUUUUUUCCUUGCUGAUUUGUUUUGAGUUCCUUCCAGAUUCUAGAUAUUAGUCCUUUGUUGGAUUCAUAGUUGGCAAAUAUUUCCUCCCAUCCUGUUUUCUCGAAUCUACUUCCUUUCACACCUUUUUGUAGCAACUAUAAUCUGUGCCCUUUUUUUCAGCCCAAAGUUUUUUGUUGUCUUUUCAUAUUUGUAACUUUUAUUUGAGAUUAUGUCUACCUGGAACCUCAAAGAGGCUGUUGUUUGUUGUUGGUUGGUGUCUGUGCAGGAUUGAAGUGCUUGCUGGAGAGUUACAAAUAACCUAAUUGUUACAGUAUUACCUGUGUUUUGCCUCUGUCACUUGUGUUUAAGCCUUUUUUGUUUUGUUUUGUUUUGUUUUUUCCUUUUUUUAGACCAGGUCUCACCCUGUUGCCCAGGCUGGAAUGCAAUGGUGAGAUCUUGGAGCCUUGUCCUCCUGGGCUUAAGUGAUCCUCCCAUGACAGCCUCCCAAGUAGCUGGGACCACAGGCAUGUGCGACCAAGCCUGGCUGAUUUUUUGUAUUUUUUGUAGAGUAGGGGUUUCACCAUGUUGCCCAGGCUGGUCUCAAACUCCUGAGCUCAAGCGCGCUGCCUGCCUCAGUUUCCCAAAGCACUGAGAUUACAAGAUUGAGCCACCUCACCUGGCUGUGUUUAAACUUUUAAUUUAAUACGUUUAGAAGUGACUGUUGAGGCCAGGCACAGUAAUGCCAGCACUUUGGGAGGCCAAGGCUGGUGGAUCACUUGAGGUCAGGAGUUCUAGACCAGCCUGGCCAAAAUGGUAAAACCCCAUCUCUACUUAAAAAUACAAAAAUUAGCUGGGCAUGGUGUUGGGCACCUGUAAUCCCAGCUACCUGGGAGGCUGAGACAGGAGAAUUGCUUGAACCUGGGAGGCAGAGGUUGCAAUGAGCCAAGAUCACACCACUGCACUCCAGCCUGGGUGACAGAACAAGACUGUCCCAAAAAAAAAAAAAAGAAGAAAAUCUGGGUAUGGUGGCUCACACCUGUAAUCCCACACUUUGGGAGGCCGAGGCAGGCAGGUCACCUGAGGUCAAGAGUUCAAGACCAGCGUGACCAACAUGGAGAAACCCAGUCUCUACUAAAAAUACAAAAUUAGCUGGGCGUGGUGGCACAUGCCUGUAAUCCCAGCUACUUGGGAGGCUGAGGCAGGAGAAUCGCUUGAACCCGGAGGCAGAGGUUGCAGUGAGCCGAGGUCGUGCCAUUGCACUCCAGCCUGGGCAACAAGAACAAAACUCUGUCUCAAAAAAUAAAAUUAAAAAAAAAGUGACGGUUGCUACUGGUGACAUAACAACACAAAACAUAGGAAAAAUAAACAUUGGACUCAUUUGAUUCAUUAAGAGCCAUUCAUAUAAUAUUUUGAUUCAAUAAACAGAUUAUGACUGUACACAUAUCCUUCCAAUAAUAAAGGAUAUUCUGAGUUAAAACUCAAGCAUAUUUCCAGGUUCCUUAAAUUGUUAUAGGAUUUUAUUUUGUUUUCCUCUUAUUCCAAGAGCAGUGGCAUUCUGUAAUGAGGGAUAAUUAUUGUCAGAUAUUUUCUAGUCUCAUGGUAUGCAGCCACCACAAACAACUAAAGGGCAUGAAAACUUGUAGUUAUUAUUUUAUAUCUUCCUAUUAUGCAUAUGCCAUCUUUCUGAACUAGCGGUUUUGGCAGGAUUUAGGAAACCUUUACAAAUGACACUACUAUGUAGGCAGCUCAAUAUAUCAUUACAUAUUUUAGUGGAGUUAUGCAGAUGUUUGCUCAUUUUGUUGAUCUUUUGGAUUCAGCUACAAGUUUGGAUUUUUUUUUUUUUUUUUUUUUUUUUUUUUUGCAGUUGCAAGAUUUAAUAGAGUGAAAACAGAGCUCCCAUAAAAUGGGAGGGGACCCAAAGGGGGUUGGGGGUUGCCGUUGCCAGUGGUACAUUUUUUAUUCUGUAUUGCUAUUUAUAAUUGCAUUAUGUUGGCCAGGCACAGUGGCUCACAUCUGUAAUCCCAACACUUUGGGAGGCCGAGGCG